GCAUUGCUUUUCGAAGCUCGCGCGCGAACGGUCCGCUCUUGUUGGACGUAUACGUGUGCGCUGAUCGAUAAACACACGUGAAAAUCCAGUCGGUCCUCAUUUACGGUCGAUGGUGUAUCGGCUGAUAUAGUUGGCGAACUCGAGAUCGUUUAUUUAUAACACGGUUGCGGGAAAGCUUCCACUCAUCGUUAAGUACGAUUCGUGUUUGUUCGAUUAUCAGUUCGAUAGUAGUUUCCGCAAACGAAGGAGAAAAACGUGGUGCACGCGAAUUGAAUCACGCGGAACUCGCCGGCUCACGGAGAGGCAGUCGCUUCUGAAAGAUCUACCGGCUACGUCGACCUGUCGACGGUCUCUGGUACAACUAUUCGCAGUUUCGAAGAAUGAUUGCGCGUCUUUGAGGUCAAGGAGAAUAACGGAGAGAAAGGUAGAGUGCAAGUAAACUUUACGAGGAAAGCCGAAGCGGAAGGAUCUACGCGGGGUCACGAAGAAAGAUGUGGCAAUUAAGGUUUUGGAUGUACAUUCUGCUCAUAGCGCUGUCGCUGGCUCCAUUGCAGAGGGUCGCGGCUUGUAGCUGCAUGAGCAGUCACCCUCAAAUACUAUUUUGCAAUUCAGAUUUCGUCGUUCUUGUAAGAGUGAAAAAAAUGAUGAACGUGAACGAGCAUGAAAUCGCCUAUAGCGUGAAAAUCAAUAAAAUCUUCAAGGUGAACAACAAGACAUCGUACACCGUCCUGAAGAAAAAUAUUUUAUGGACCGCAUCGUCGGAAGUUUUAUGUGGAGUGGAUCUUGAAGUUGGAGAAACUUACGUUGUUAGCGGCAAAACUUAUGAUGGUGAAAAGGCGAACAUAUCGUUGUGUGGUAUAAAGAUGGCCUGGCGUUCUGUGACGAGCAGACAACGAAAAGGUUUCAGGCACUUGUAUCGUUACGGUUGCCCGUGUAACAUCUAUUACACACCUUGGUGGACCAAGGGUGCCGCUCUAGAAGGCACGGAUGGCAAAGAAUGUCUAUGGGAGAGCAAACCUGGUCCGGAAGAAUGCCAGAGGGAUUAUGGCGUUUGCAUGCCAGGACCAGCUGGAUGCUCUUGGGUCCCGUCGGUUCCUUAUAAGAACUGCAUCAAGGAGUAUCAACAGAAACGCGAGCAACAGAGGGCGCGAGAACCUUAAAUCUUUCUAUUUUGAUGCAUGCGAAAGUUCUACGGUGGAACGAGAAAAUCGAUCACGCUGGCGAAAAAUCGACGUUGCUCGUGCCAAGUCACGUAGCACGCCUCGAUUUACGAACGUAUUUGUGAAAUUUCGCAGAAUCCCCACGAGAAUAAUGUUACUUCGUGUGCAAUGAGCGUUCCAAUAUGCAGCAAACUGGCGCUGUACCAUGUAAACUUGUUGACAAAUUAAUGCUAUCUUAUAAUGUGUGUUAUAGCGAACUCUGUACCCGAUGUGGUAUCUUCAAAGAAGAAAUAUUUGUAGUAAUUAAAUAUUCAAGAAAUUUUCCAAGUCAAAUGGUCGGGAUAGCAUUAAUUCGCAAUAUAACGUUUUCAUUUCUGCAUCGUGUCAUGCUCUAUUUAUUGUUGCGUUCCAUUAGAAGUAUUAAUCGGAUAGUUAUAUAUCGACGAGUACAAAAGUUGUACGCUGAUUAAAUACACGAAGCAGGGAAUCGAUUGGGGAAAAUCGUACACAGCUAGCUGAGGGGAAGCUGUUAUUCAGGGGUAUAAUAUAAACUCUUGAAACGGCUUGCAUUUCCAUGAUAAAUUACUUCCUUGAUGUUUCGAUGUCUGUUUCAUCGCGUUUGUAAUAAUUGAUAUUCUAUCAAUAUUUUUUAACCGGCCGUCGAUAAUAUUUAUUCCGGAAUUGUUGACUUCUUUCACAAACCGAAUAAUAAACAUCGUUAAAUGUAUUCAACGUUUAAUUAAUCCGCGUCGAGAAGAAUCAUCGGUAAAGAAACAUUGUUCGUAUCGAUUCAGAUUGAAAUUUUCCUAUUCUACCGUUAAUCAUCGCUGUUAACCUUAUUUCGUUUAAUUAAAUCGUAGGCUAACGUUGGCUCGCAAUAUGAAUCGACUGAAUUUCGUGAAAUUUGAAAUAGCAGGUACAGAUGAUUGGCCAUCUUUUUAGUUGUAUAUAUUAGACUAUUGAUGUAUAUUAUACAUUUUUAAAUUAUUCUCAUUUUCAUUUCGUUGUACGUAGUUUCUUCUUCUUUUAUUUCUUCUAUAUAAGAAACUGUUAACACGUAUUUAAUUUUUAGCAAAGUCUUGUACAGGUCUCUGAAUAUUUGAAACUAAGUUACAAUCGAGUCAGUUAAAAAAAAAAUAAAUGAAUAAGUAAAAGAAAAAGAGAUAUUUGAUAGUAUUAAAAAACAAUGUUUAAGGAAUAUAAUUUCUUACGAAAAAAAAUUCAAGUUUCCUUUUAACGAUCAUGCUGUCUCAUUAUUCGGAGGGUAGCACAAAGAUGCUAAACGUUGUGUUAGAAAUGUUACAAUCAAGUUAGGUACUCUAACCUAUCAACUAUGUAUCUAAGCGUAAUCAUGUAUUGUUUCUCGAUAAGAGUAACGAGAAACAGAAACCCUGUACAUGGGUAGGACUUUAGUACAAAACACUAAAAAGCGCGCGACGCGACGAAAGUUAGCCGGCAUUUCCUAGCUUGAGAACGUAACACGAGACGAUGUAUGUUCUUAGUCUUAGUUCUUUCAUUUGAUAACUUUUGUAAAGUAUUAUAAUACUUAAACGAUGGGAAAUAAACGAGAAACUCAUA